AUGGAAUCCAGAUUAGCCAGAUUAACUAACUUACAAGUCACUGCCGGUGAUAACUUAAGAAGAACCUCCAUCAUUGGUACCAUUGGUCCAAAGACCAACAACCCAGAAACUUUGGUUGCUUUAAGAAAGGCUGGUUUGAACAUUGUCCGUAUGAACUUCUCUCACGGUUCUUACGAAUACCAUCAAUCCGUCAUUGACAAUGCUAGAAAAUCUGAAGAAUUAUACCCAGGUAGACCAUUAGCUAUUGCUUUAGAUACCAAGGGUCCAGAAAUCAGAACUGGUACCACCACCAACGAAGUUGAUUACCCAAUCCCACCAAACCAUGAAAUGAUCUUCACUACCGAUGACAAAUACGCUAAGGCUUGUGAUGACAAAAUCAUGUACGUCGAUUACAAGAACAUCACCAAGGUUAUCUCCGCUGGUAAGAUCAUCUACGUUGAUGACGGUGUUUUAUCUUUCGAAGUUUUGGAAGUCGUUGAUGACAAGACUUUGAAGGUUAAGUCCAUGAACGCUGGUAAGAUCUGUUCUCACAAGGGUGUUAACUUACCAGGUACUGAUGUCGAUUUACCAGCUUUAUCUGAAAAGGAUAAGGCUGAUUUGAGAUUCGGUGUUAAGAACGGUGUCCACAUGGUCUUCGCUUCUUUCAUUAGAACUGCUCAAGAUGUUUUAACCAUCAGAGAAGUCUUAGGUGAAGAUGGUGCUGAUAUCAAGAUUGUUGUUAAGAUUGAAAACCAACAAGGUGUUAACAACUUCGAUGAAAUCUUAAAGGUUACUGAUGCUGUUAUGGUUGCCAGAGGUGAUUUAGGUAUUGAAAUCCCAGCUCCAGAAGUCUUAGCUGUCCAAAAGAAAUUGAUUGCUAAGUCUAACUUAGCUGGUAAGCCAGUUAUCUGUGCCACUCAAAUGUUGGAAUCUAUGACUUACAACCCAAGACCAACCAGAGCUGAAGUUUCUGAUGUUGGUAACGCUAUCUUAGAUGGUGCUGAUUGUGUUAUGUUGUCUGGUGAAACCGCUAAGGGUAACUACCCAAUCAACGCUGUCACCACCAUGGCUGACACUGCUUUGAUUGCUGAACAAGCUGUUGCUUACCAAUCCUUGUACGAUGACUUAAGAAACUUGACUCCAAAGCCAACUUCUACCACUGAAACUGUUGCUGCUUCUGCUGUCGCCGCUGUCUACGAACAAAAGGCUAAGGCUAUCAUUGUUUUGUCUACUUCCGGUUUGACCCCAAGAUUAGUCUCCAAGUACAGACCAGACUGUCCAAUCAUCUUGGUUACCAGAAACCCAAGAGCUGCUAGAUUCUCUCACUUAUCUAGAGGUGUUUUCCCAUUCGUUUACGAAAAGGACUCCGUUGCUGACUGGACUGAAGAUGUCGAAUUACGUUUGAAAUACGGUAUUGAAAAGGCCAUUGAAAUGGGUAUCUUGAAGAAGGGUGACACUUACGUUUCCAUCCAAGGUUUCAAGGCUGGUGAAGGUCACUCCAACACUUUGCAAGUCGCUUUCGCUUAA